CAAAGAUAUGUUUUUGUUAGUUGGCAAUGCAGAGCCAUACCAAAACAAAACAAGAAAAAGAAAAAAUUGCGUUGAAAAUUUUAUUCUCGAAUAUAACUGAAAUUUUACAUAUUCAUUACAUUUUAAUAUUUUUUGGGGAAUAUCUCUAUAUUUUCUUUUCAUUGUAUAGCAAAUGAUUUUGAUUUAAAUGUUUAGCGUUUUUUGAGGCUUACAUAUAUGCUGCGUAAAAGGUAUUUGCAUCUCUACUUACAAUAAUGAAUACUUGAAUAAAGUGUAAGCUUUUUUAUUUUCCAAAAUGAGUGCUAAGUCGCUUGAAAGGUUGUCUGUUCGGGAGCGUGAGAAGUUAGAAAAGUAUAUUAAGUCUUUCAUAGCAAAAGUCCCACAAGCCAUUGUUCAAUCCAGAUUUGGGAAAAUGAGGGAUCGUUCUUCGAAUUGCAGUUCUUUAGACAAUGAUGUGUAUGAAAUUGCCAUUGAAGAUGAUUUAGAAGUUCAAGAAAAAGUGAAAGAAGCUUGUAGAAAUGUUAAUCCACUGCAUGAAUUCUCUGUGAACGUUGAAAUUCUUUUGCAUACUAUAGAUCAAGAGACAUUAGCAUUAGAAGAAUGGAACAUACGUCAAGUAUAUUCCCAAACAUUUUGGGAUCCUAGGUAUAAAGUUUCUGCCGAAAUCGAAGUGAUUUUUCGUAAAUUGUAUAUGCUGUUGAAGUCAGUUAUUCCUGUAACACGUGCUAAUCCAGCAUUCAAAAUGUCACUGCAGCACAAGAAAUACAAUUAUGUUAUGAUGUAUAGAAUCUAUUCUGGUGAACCAAGGAUUUCACAAUUGGGUAUUAAUCCUGUGAAAUACAAGCUUGGAGAAGUUCAUACACCAGUUGGAACAAUGAGCGUUUCAGUUGCUUAUAGAUCUGAUCAGGAGAUGACUAUAGAACCUAAAAAUUCAGAGAAGGAAAACUCUUUUAUGUUGAACAGUGAUUACUUUAAUCUUGAUCUCAGUCCUAAAAGAUUAAGCUCUGCUCCAAGAACUAUUAAAAAUCAUGUUUUAAGAAAUAACUCUAAUUCCCAAAAUGUUGGAGCUUUUGCUCAAUGCAACUUAGUGCCAGAUCCUGGUUUUCCUGAAUUAGCAUUCCUACAAAAAUCAAUAUUGCACCCAUCACGCAGUUGCUUGCGGCAAGAGAAUGAAGAAGCCAAUGAUAAUGUGAAAGGUGAUCUCAAUUCAAAUGUCUCUCCUGACGUUAAGCUGGAUAGAAAAGAUAUUAUUAAAGAUGCUGAUAGACUUUCUUGCAGCGAUGUAUCAGAUGGUAGUGAUUUUGUUCUAGUUGAUCUUAAGCCGCCAUUUGCUACUUGUGAUCCCGAUCACGGUUUAGGUGCUUUUUACCAAGAAUGCCAGCUUGCCCCACCCCUGUCAUCCUUCAGUGAUCAACCAUCUUUAGAGGAACAGGUGCUUGACGUAGCUACACAGCUUGAGAAAUUUGAAAUUAGUAUGAUGGACUUUGACAAAUUUGUGGAUUCUGUUUGCCAAAUUAACUCUAAAAAUUGAUAUUAUCAUUAUUCUUUUUCUUUGUACAUAUCUAUGUUGCACAUUUUAAAUUAAAUUUAUUGAUUGAAAACA